AUGGUUGACGGUCGACGUGAAGUUCGGUGUACUGUAGUUACGUUCGAUACGCGGUAGGUUUUAAUAAUUAAGUUUAAAUAACUAAUCAUCUAUAAAAUACAGAUGUUUUCCAGUUCUUUGUGGAGAUAUAGUUAAUUAUAUAAAAUACAAACACUUUUAUUUUAAAUACAGUGUGGUUUCAGGUGAUGGGUAGGCUGGAACUGGUUCAGAGCCUCACGGGGCACGAGGGUCGGGUGUGGAAUGUGGCGUGGCAUCCCAAGGGCAACUUCCUGGCGAGCUGCGGCGAGGACAAGGUGAUCCGCGUGUGGGGCAAGCAGGGCGGCAAGUGGGUCCUGAAGACCAUCCUCACGGACGGCCACCAGCGCACGAUACGCGAGGUGUCGUGGUCGCCGUGCGGGAACCGCCUGGCCUCGGCCAGCUUCGACGCCACCGUGGCCGUGUGGGACCGCGGCUCCCGGGAGUUCGAGUGCAUCGCGACCUUGGAGGGGCACGAGAACGAGGUGAAGAGCGUGGCCUGGUCCCGGUCGGGGGCCUUCCUGGCCACGUGCAGCCGCGACAAGAGCGUGUGGGUGUGGGAGGUGGAGGACGACGAGUUCGAGUGCGCGGCCGUGCUGAACGCCCACACGCAGGACGUGAAGAAGGUGGCGUGGCACCCCUUGGAGGACGUGCUGGCGUCGGCCAGCUACGACAACACGGUCAGGCUGUUCCGGGAGGACCCGUCGGACCACGACUGGACGUGCGUGGCGACGCUGGAGUCCCACGAGUCCACCGUGUGGAGCCUGGCCUUCGACAGGACGGGCGCCCGCCUGGCCACCUGCAGCGACGACCGCUCGGUGAGGAUCUGGCAGGAGUACCGGCCGGGCAACGCCGAGGGCAUCGCCACCCCGGCCGAGCAGUCGGCCUGGAAGUGCGUGUGCGCUCUGCACGGCUACCACGGCCGCACCGUGUACGACGUGGCGUGGUGCCACCUGACGGGUCUGCUGGCCACUGCCUGCGGGGACGACAUUGUGCGCGUCUUCCGGGAGGAGCCGGCCUCCGACCCCGACCAGCCGACGUUCGAACUGGUGCACACGUGCCACAACGCACACUCGGAGGACGUGAAUGCAGUGAAGUGGAACCCUUGCGUGGAGGGAAUGCUGGCGUCUGCUAGCGAUAACGGCGAGAUACGCAUCUGGCAGUACCAGGACUAACCUGUGAUGCAUCUGCUUUCUCUGUUAGUAACUGUUGUGUAGCAUCAACUGUCUUUGUUUAUACAAUUGUUAAAUGUAAUCAUUCUAGGUAUGUUCUUAAUGCAGAGAAUCAGGAUAAGCCUUAUGUUUUUUUAGUUUUUUAGAACGGAAUAUUUACGUCUUCAAUAAUAUCAGCCAUAUGCUACUGUAAAUAGAAUGAAUUUUCGUGUCAACAGUAGUAGCCAUUUUAAAAAUGCCACUAGAUAACAUCAAGGGAACUGUGAAGUUAAAGUUUUUUUUUUUCCUGAAAAAAGAAAUGAUGGAUCAGUGAAACUGUGUGCCACAAACAAUGAUGUGUUUUAUUUACACAAUCAGUUGUUCUGAUGCAUAAUUAAACUGCGGAUAUUAAAUGCCUAAAAAAAAAACUAGGCGUAAUUAAUGUCAAAUUACAAAAAAUAACUUUUCUAUCCAAAAACAGUAGCAUUACAGUAAUACAGUGUUAUAUUGUUCCUGCUUACAAUGUUUUCCUGCGUAUAACAUUAUAUAUUUUUUAAGUUCCAACAUUUUUUCCUUAAAAACAAUGUAAUUAUUUCCUGUGUACAAAAUUUCAUUAAAGGUGCAUUUCCUGGU